AUGCCUCAUCCUGGGAGACAGCUGGUUGGAGUCUUUCUCCUCCUCUUGGCUUUCGGGGAGUUGAGGAGGGUGAGUUGCUUGGCUUUCAAACACUGUGUUGGUAAACUGUUGAAGCACACCUUUACUUGUACACACCGUAAUAUCUCAGAGCUAAAGGAGGCUGUCUCAGACCUUCCUGCAUAUGUCAAGGUUCUUAAUAUCUCCUUCAAUUCAAUCAGGAUUUUAUAUCGCCACGGUCUGGAAAAUCUAACCCAGCUAGAACUUUUGAGACUGGACAAUAAUAAUCUGACAAUCAUUCACCCAGAGGCUUUCUGGAAACUCAGUAAACUCCAACUGCUAAACUUAUCCUGCAACCAACUGGAGACUCUCAGAGAAGGUAUCUUCAAAUCCCUUCCCAACCUGACCAACUUAAUCCUCAAACACAACAAGUUGACUGGUCUCUCUGGAGAAGGUAUUUUGCCAUUAAAGAGGUUGAGUGUUCUGGAUAUUUCUUUCAACAUUUUAAGGAAUGUUUCAUCUUUCUUUGCAGUUCUUAGCAGUUUUACUGGUCUGAGAACUCUAAAUGCUGAAAACAACAACAUCAGUGCUUUAGAAAUCUCCUCACAUUUCCCUCCCAACCUGACCCACCUCCUUCUAGCCAAUAAUGCCAUCUCGCAACUCCAGGCACCUGACACUUUUUUUGCAAAUAUCGUUCACUUGGAUUUAUCCUACAACAAAUUGUCAAGCUCUAAGGAAUUAACUUCACCCAAGUUCACCAGACUUCGCUUCCUGAAUGUGCAAGGUAACCCCUUGGGUAAGGAUGGGAUUAUUUAUACUGUUCAAAACUUGAAUGCACCAUUGACAAACAUCACCCUGUCACACCUGGCACUGAAUGACAGAGUGACACUGGCGAAACUGUGUAAAAUCAUCCAGAAAAAAAAGAUUGUGGCAUUGGAGCUGAAAGGCAAUGGACUUCGUAAGGUGAGUGGUGCCUUCAGCAACUGUCAGGAUAUUUUAUCUUUGGAUUUGUCUCACAAUCAAAUCAAAAAGCCAAACAUUUUUGGCAGUUUGGAUAUUCCUAACAACCUACAAUUAUUAAAUCUAGACCAUAAUUCGAUUCGAGAUGUCUCUUUAUGUGGCUCACGGCAAAAUAUGAAUGAAAACAGAUCUAGUCCAUGUUUAGAGAACAUCCUGCAUCUGACCUUCAGAUCCAAUCACAUUUCUGCCAUUAGAUCGCACGCAUUCCAAGAUUUAAAAAACCUGCGCUUUCUUUCCUUAGCUUUGAAUGAGAUUAAUUUUAUAAACAUUACUGCAUUUGUGGGUCUAACCAACCUAAGAAUGCUGUCACUCACUAACAAUGCAAUUGGAGAGAUUUUUCAGGAAACCUUCACUAACCUUGUAAACCUGCAAUCCCUGAAGCUCAGGAAUAACAGGAUUCCCAUUGUGUACAGUAAGACUUAUUCCAGCCUCUCUAAUCUGACUAUACUGGAUUUGGGAGGAAACCACAUUCAGAAUAUUAAAAAAGGAGGUUUUAAAGGACUCAAGGCUUUAGAAAGACUUUAUCUGGACAGAAACUGGUUGUCAAUAGUUUCUCAAGAAAUGUUUGAAGAUCUCGAAUCCUUGAGGGUAUUGGACCUUGCCAACAAUAAGUUAUCUUUUCAAGUCAGUGACUUAAAUUUUCCUCCAUUCAUUUAUCUUCACAAUCUCCAAAUGCUAAAAUUACAAUCUCAAGAGUCAUCUGGUCUUAGCAUGUUACCUCAUAAUCUGUUUGAUGGGCUUCAGCGGCUAAAGACACUUGAUAUAUCCAACAACAAGUUUGUAAAUCUCAAUACACUGCCCUUCUAUGCACUUACUAGUCUAGAGAAGUUGUACAUGAGUGAUAUUUGUAAUGGGUUCCAGACAAUGCAUCACUUAACUUUUGCUAACCUAAUAAAUCUUCGACAUCUGAGUCUGGAGAAUGUUGGCUUGGAAUCCAUCAGGAAAAUCCUCUUUCAAAAUCUAACCAGCCUCAACUCUUUGAUGUUGUCAAGCAAUAUGAUCCAUGUGAUCCAGGAGAAGGAUAUCCCCCCAUUGCACAAUCUCACCUAUCUGAACCUGCAAUUUAACCCCAUCUCCUGUGUUUGUGACAAUGUUUGGUUCCAGCAAUGGGCUACUAGCUCCCGUGUCCAGGUUGCUUUUUUCUACCAGUAUCCAUGUGUGGACAGUGGGGGUAAGAAAACAAAGCAUUUUGCAGAGUUUGACAGCUCAGUGUGCAAUGAUGGCUUUGUGGUGUUUUGUGCAACAGCCCCAGUUAUAUUUGCUUUCAUGAUAACAGUUGUGGUCUACCAGAAAAGCAAGUGGAGUUUCCACUAUGGAUAUUACUUGCUCCAGGCUUGGAUUCAUGAAAACAAACUCCAGAGGAAUCAUACCAAAGGCUACAAGUUCGAUGCUUUUGUAUCCUACAACUCAAAGGAUGAAGCUUGGGUUUUUGACCAACUAAUGCACAAUCUGGAGAAUGAGGGGCCUCCAUUUCACAAGCUCUGCUUCCACCAUAGGGACUUUGAAGUGGGUAAACCUAUUGUGGAAAACAUUGUUGAUGCCAUCUACAAAAGCAGAAAGACAAUUUGUAUCAUCUCCAAGAAUUAUCUUCAAAGCGAAUGGUGCUCCAUGGAGAUGCAAGUUGCCUUGUAUCGACUCUUUGAUGAACACAGUGAUGUCCUCAUCUUGGUUUUCCUUGAUGAGAUCCCUGGCUAUGUGCUCUCUUCUUACCAUCACCUACGUAAGCUGGUGAGAAAGAAGACCUACAUUAAUUGGCCCGCUGAUGAGUCUGGGCAAAAGCUUUUUUGGAUCAAGUUAAGAGAUGCUCUCAAGAAAGCACGCCUAGCUUCUGACGAAUCGAUUCCUCAACUUACUGAGUCCACAAACUAAUUCCAUGAAAUAAUCCAUCAUUCUCAGGCAGGAUUAUCAUACCAACAUUACAGUUGUUGUGGAACUGGCCUACAGGGCUAAUCGCUGACGUCUCACCUCCAAGAUCUGAUUUAUGGAACAGGAAGAGGUAAUUCAACCUCUCCAUCCUUCUCCUCCCUUCGAUUAGAUCAUGGCUAAUCUGUACCUCAAAUUCAUUGACCUGCCUUUAAUCCAAAUCCAUCAUAUUCUUACCAAGAAAAGACUAUAAAAUCUUAGCCAUGUUAAUUUCAAUGGAAUUCCCUUGCACUAUCAUCUGGAAGCUUCAGGUUUGUGGAAGAAACGUGCUUCCUGUUUCCUCCACUGUCAAAUGCUCUCGUUCUGAUUUGAAAAUGCUGAGCUUUUGUUUUCGAUUCCAUGGUAAAGGAACUAGUUUCUCUCUGGCUACCUAUCAAUUCUCUUUGUCACUGGAAACUUCAAGAUCAGAGCACUCAGCAGCUUUCUAAACUCAAAGGAUUAUAAAUCAAAUUAAACUCAUAAUUUCACCCUUUGAACAACAAUAUAAUUCUGGUUAAUUUGCACUUAGCCAUUCGAAGGUCAUGAUGUCCAUUGAAUUUGCCAAUUCCUAACACAGGAACCAGGGCUCCGCACAAUUGAAAUACAUUUUAUUUUCACUUUGGACUCCAACUCCCUUGGGAUAAACGCUAGCAUUCCAUCCAUUUUCAAUUACUCUUGUUUGCAUUCUAGCUCAGACUAUUGGGAUGAAAAUCUCCUCUGUUGAUUGUAAAGGUCCAAUAUGAAAGGAUAUUUUGAAUGUAAUGAUUCCACUUGCAAAGGGCUUUAGUUCCCUGUAAAAUGUCUCCAGGCCCAGCUCCCAUUAUAAAUGUAUUACAUGCCUGAAUUUAGAAGGGAAAAGGUUUACAGAAAGUAAGUACAGAGUUCGGAUUUUUAAUAUCUUAUAGAUACAAAUUGUAAACUGUUUAUCUGAAAUUGUAAGAACUGAGUUAUUACAGAUUUAUUGCUCUUAGUAUGGUUGGGUUGGGCUGAAGGGUCUGUUUCCGGGCUGUAUAGUUCAGUGGCUCUAUAUCUCAAUAUCAGGAAGUUUCUACUUUGUGAUUAAUGUGACAAUCCAAACAUGUCUUUUUAUUUGUGUGUCUAUUACAGU